AGUGUCUGGCCUUACUUUGACCAACGCAUUACGUUUUACCGUUUGAUAGCUGCGGUUAUUCGUGAUUUCUUUUUUCAUUAUUUUUUAAUUCUGGAUUAUUUGUUUUUCGUUUGCAAAGUGCUCAUUUAAAUGAUUGGCAAGAUUUCGAGAAAAAUUAAAGAUUUCUGAGUUAAUAACUACUAUAGCUAUUAAAGUAAAAUUAAGCUAUUCCAAUUUAAUGACGAUUUGUAUAUAGUGAUAUGUGGAGAGAGUGUAAUUGCGUGCAUCAAGAUUUAAAAUGUCAAGCAAAUUAAUACUAGUGCAAGUGAUGAACGAGUUGUUGAACGUGGCAAAUAUGUGAUUAAAAAGUGAAUUGCAAGUUAGCAUACAUUUGUGAAUACUUUUGCGAAAUAUAUUCAAUUGUUGAAGAUAAUUUUGCUUUAAAUACAUUACACCAUAAAUGAUCAGCGAAUUAAACGAAAACAAAACAUAAUCAGAGCAAAGAGUAGAAAGUGGUCAGUGUUUUCGUGUGCUUGCAACACCAUUUAAAAUAUGGGACUAACAGACGAUGAAAGAGUUGCUCAAAACUUGCUACAUUCGUACGAUCCAAAUAGCUGCAAUAGUAGCAGUUCGUACAAGUGUUAUGAAAGUAUUCCGACGCCGAGCCCAAUCUCUCAGGCGGAUUGCACGAUGAUUCAAAGCAGCGGUGAUCUGCAGAGUAGAUCUGCCAUUUUGGAAGUUUUAAUGAACUUUUCCGAAUCUGCACCUAUUUUGGACGAUAAACUUGAUCGGUUGUCCGAUUCUGACUCUGUAGCAGAAAUAGGCGAAAUAACUGGUGAAACUCACGCAGACAUACACCGCAAGAGCGAUUUGGAUGACUCACCAAACGUCAAACCUUUAGACGAACCCGUCAUCAAAGCAUAUUUGGAGAAAUCCCACGUCAAGUGUGAAUUCAAAAACUGUGGAUACAAAAAAGAGCAAACGGACCAAAACGCAAUAGAUGCCAUUGAAAGUGAUUUUUCAGUAAUGACAAAUUCUAACACCAGUACGUCAUCCUUGAUUCAAUCACCGUUGAAAAACAGACGUAACAGUAUCGCGAGCACAGGAUCAAUGGGUAGAAUGGAGACCAUCAUUGAAGAGCCUUUAGAGCCUAAAGUAUCCGUAAAAGAAAUUUUAGCGCGCUUCGAGACACUUCGAGAAACCGCUGAGACACAAACCAAAGGAUCCACAAUUUCUUCGGGUGUGCGCCAGGCGGCGGGCUACUCUUAAUGUUCCCCUCGAACGGCUAGAAAUAUCUUCAAACAGUCCAAAUUCGCCAAACCUUCUAACUCCAACGGAAAAGUCUCACCAUGAAACAGAAGGCGAUUUUGAAAAUAUGCACACCGAUAAUAACAUACACCAGCUACAUAGCCACGAAAAUACUACUUCUCAAAACAGCCCAAGUGACUAUGGUCAUAAUGGAUAUCAAAAGCACUCAGUUAGCUCAAUGGGCAAUGCUGUAAAUCAAAUGGAUUCAUCUUCACCGCCUAUGUCCAAACACUCGUUGCUACAAUUCGCAAUGCAGCAUUUUAGAAAUGAUGGAGAAGACAUAAAAAUUAAAAGAAAUGAUGUGCGUUCUUCAGACAACAAUCUUCACGUGGAUCUUGUUAAGUGGCAGGGUCAUCCACUACAAGCACCACUACUGCGAUUACCACCUGAUUUGACAAAUCUGGCCUUGGAGUGCUUUGACUGUAUCUUACGGUAUUGUGGGGAUCUUAUUCCAGACCCAGAACUAACGGAGGUUAAGUGUGUUUACACGGUUCUUAUGCACUGUCAUAAACACCUAAUUUUGAGAGAUGAGGUGUACUGUCAGCUGAUAAAACAAACAACAUCCAAUCGAUCCCCAUGCUCAGAAUCUGCACAACGCGCGUGGCGUUUACUGAGCAUUCUAGCCGCCUAUUUCGGAUGUUCGGACGCGCUAAGACCUUAUCUGAUUGAACAUCUGACAUCGGCUGCAUCAGAUCGGCAUCGAUCAUGCCAUGGAACAGCAGCUGUUUGUUUAACAAAUCUACGGAAAACGGCUCGCUGUGGAGGUCGUAAAAAUGUACCAAGCGUGGAAGAAGUCACGGCGGUUUCAGCUGGACGCUCUGCUCGAAGACAAAUCUAUCGGUUACCAGGAGGAGCUGAACGUAUUGUUAAUACCAGAUGCUCAACCGUUGUUGGAGAUGUAAUCAUCGAGUUAUGUUCUCUUUUGGGGAUAGAAAUCCCUGCCGAGCAACAGGAGUUUUCCCUUUAUUGCAUUGUGCAAGGAGACGCUUUUACUAUGCCACUAGCUGCCGAUGAAUACAUUUUAGACGUGACAACCGAACUGCUGAAAUCGGGACAACCGUUUUAUCUUAUCUUUUGCCGUUCCGUUUGGCAUUUCCCUCUGAAGCGCGAUCCCGCACCAACGCCUUUAUACAUCGAAGUUCUGUUCAAUCAGGUAGCUCCGGAUUAUCUAGAAGGACUUUUGCUUGAGCUUCCAAAUGGUGGAGCUCCAACGCCAGAUUACAUUCGUGAUAUGGCCAGAAUUGCAGCUAUUCUCCACAGAGCAGCAGAUUUAAAUCACUUACCAGCUAUGAAGGAAAUUAAAUUUCUGCUUCCAAAGCCAGCUCUUUCGUUGCGAGAACUUCGACCGGCUCAAUGGGUAGCUCUAGUUCAAUCGGCAUGGCCAUCUAUUGCAGGAUUAAGUCCUAUUCAAGUAAAAGCGCAAUUUCUAAAUGUACUUUCAUCUUGGCCGCUCUUCGGUAGCAGUUUCUUCGCAGUGAAACGUGUUUGGUCUGAAGAAGCACUGCCCGAAGAAGUGAGUCCUAUGUGGAGAGAGCUCAUACUUGCUCUGAACCGACGUGGCGUUCUUUUCCUGGACCCUAACACCCACGAGACGUUGCAGCAUUGGCCGUUCAAUGAAGUAAUUUCGACCAGAAAAGUACGAUCCGAAGAUGGGGCAUUAUUUUUGGACAUGAAAGUUGGAAAUCUUUUGCAACAACGAGUUAUCAGGGUUCAAACGGAACAGGCGCAUGAAAUAUCUAGACUUGUUCGACAAUAUAUCACCAUGGCACAGGCCCAGCUUAGAGAGCGUCGCGAAUAAUUCUGCAGUGAAUCGUCAGCAGAGUGCUCCCUUACUUUUCUGCAACAUAAAAUGUUUUUAAUCUUGCCGAAUUUCGUAAAAGAUAGAAGCAGUUACAAGCAGAGAGCGUUCCCGUACUUUUUCAAAGGCAGUCUUUUCUCCUGCUUGUCAGCUUCCUAGGGAGCGUUAUUUUAUUACGUAACACAAAAUUUGGCAUUUUCAGACUACCUCCUCCACGUAACACACUUUCGUACGCCCCUCUCCACCUAACUGCGUUAUGGAUAAAACUCUCCCUUAUGUAAUAUCUCUCUCUCCCACUCUGUUGUUCUAUUGCAAAACUUUUGCAAAAGGGAAGGUUGCAAAAAUGUACGAGAACGCUUUUUGCCUAAAAUUUUCUUUUUUCUGGUUGCAGAACUUUUGCAGAGGCUGCAGAAAUUUGGCGAUUCUGCAAGUACGGGAACAUAACUAUUGUAACGGAUCUGUUAAAAAAAUGAAAAUAAAUACGUUAAAAAUAUAUAUUUUCAAAUAAAUAUUUAAAAUGA